AUGGCUACCACAAAGACGGAUUCGGACGUCAAGGUCAGCUCCAAUGAGCCUUCCACCCCUUCGCUGCGCUCGAGCGAACUGGUUCAAGGCGACUACGGCAGCGAUUCGAAUCAUGUGUUCUCUGACCCCGCUGUGGCCGACUAUUGGAGAAAGGUCUACGAAAACGCCCAGUACGAAGGCCGACACCGUUUCGAUCCAGAGAUUACCUGGUCUGCUGAUGAAGAGAAGAGGUUGAAGCGAAAGGUGGACUUGAGAGUCAUGACAUGGUGCUGGCUUAUGUUCUUGUCCCUUGAUCUCAACCGUCGUAACAUCAAUCGAGCAAUCUCGGACGACUUGCUACCAGAGCUCGGCAUGAACACCAACGACUUCAACUACGGCCAGACCAUCUUCCUGGUAUCCUUCCUCGCAGCCGAACUUCCAUCUGGUCUCAUCUCCAAGAAAGUCGGCCCUGAUCGAUGGAUUCCAUUCAUCAUUUUCGGUUGGUCGGUCGUCUCUGCUUCCCAAGCCGGUCUCUCAAGCAAAGCUGGAUAUUAUGUCUGCCGUUGCCUGCUGGGCUUGCUUAUGGGUGGUUUCAUCCCAGACACUGUCCUGUACAUCACGUACUGGUACAAGAGCAAGGAGUUGCCAAUCCGCCUUUCCUGGUUCUGGACCGUCCUCAGCACUUGCAACAUCUUGGGCUCCUUCCUCGCCGCAGGUAUUCUCCAAAUGAGAGGCCUCCAGGGUAUGGCUGGCUGGAGAUGGCUCUUCCUUAUCGAAGGCGUCAUCACCGCCUGCGUGGGAAUUGCAUCCUGGGGCUUGAUGCCUCCGAGUAUCACGCAGACCAAGGGCUGGAUACGUGGAAAGAAGGGAUGGUUCACCGAGCGUGAAGAGAAGAUUCUCGUCAACCGUCUGUUGAGAGAUAGCCCCGACAAAGGUGACAUGAACAACCGCCAAGCCGUCAACCUCCCCCGUCUUUGGAGUGCCAUCAAGGAUUUCGAUCUUUGGCCCCUGUACCUGGUCGGUUUGACCAACUACAUUCCACCCAGCCCGCCAUCCAACUACCUCAGCUACAUCUUGCGCCAGAUGGGAUUCAGCACGUUGAAUGCCAACCUCUUAACGAUUCCCUCGCAGUUUUUGUUCGGUGUGAAUCUCCUCAUCGUAUCCUGGGUCUCCGAGAAGAUUGGCGAGCGAGCGAUUAUAUCAAGCCUGGCCAACAUCUGGAUCUUGCCGUGGCUGGCGGCACUUGUUGCCCUGGGGGCUUCAGCGAGCGACUGGGUGCGUUAUGCUCUGCUGACCGGCCUCUUGUCUUACCCCUACUGCCACGCCAUUCUGGUUGCUUGGAACUCGAAGAACUCCAACUCGGUGCGUACUCGUGCUGUCUCUGCCGCUCUCUACAACAUGUUCGUCCAAGCGGGCAACAUCAUCGGGAGCAACAUUUACCGCGACGAGGACCGACCUUACUACCUCCGAGGCAACAAAAUCUUGCUGGGAAUUUGCUGCUUCAACAUUGUGCUGCUCGUGUUCGUCAAGUACUAUUAUAUCACUCGGAACAAGAGACGGGAGGCGGCGUGGGAGAAGCUGACGGGCGAGGAGAAGGUCGACUAUGUCCGCAACACGAAGGACGAGGGAGCGAAGAGGCUGGAUUUCAGGUUUUCUCAUUGA